CAUCAGGAGAACGGAAAUGGGUCCAAGCAACAUGGUGGAAAUGUGAUUUAACUAGCAGCUAAUGUUACCAGACUUUAAAAUGUUACAGAAAUGAUAUGAAGGGUACGUGUUGCUCCAAAACGGAUUAAAAUAAUUUAAAUAGAAAAAUCCAUUUAUUGCCCACACGCCGCUUUGACUUUGUGGUGAAUGCAUGUCUAAAAUGUCCAAACCUGCAGUACUUUCACUUAAUCAAGCACUGAGGAAGAGCUUCCAGAGUCUUGAAAACAAUCACAAAGUAUGGACGAGUGUGUUGGCCGAUUGCAGCCCUCUGAUGGUGUCUCUCGGGAAUUUGGCAGAGCAGUCGAGAGCGCUUUCCAAUGUCCAAAUCUCCAACACACCUCUCAGAGACUUUCCUGACCUGGAGGAAAGGCUGCGUUUUAAGCUCUUACAAGCCACGGAUACAGUACUGGGCAAACUCAAUGAGAAAAUGUCUUCUCUACAGUCUGUCAGAGAUUCCAUCAGUAACCAGGUCUCUGCAGUCUUCCAGCUUUACGAGCAGAACACGGACAGUCUGGAUCUGCUCACUGUGACCGAGCGCUCGGCCACCGCCCCUUCACUCUCUGAAAUGCUGGAGUGGCUGCAGGAUGCUGAGCGUCACUAUCGACAACAAUUUCUGAGGAGGAAGACUCUUCUGCAGACACUGAGAGCAGAUGAUCUCUCCCUUUUAGAAUCUGCUCCCAAAACAUGGAAAUCCUUAGAGUCUCCCAGUGCAGAAGACCGCAUCACAGAUACACUUUGCAAAGUGUCCUUCUUUGUUGAAUCCCAAUGAAGAGUGUAAAAGCGACAUAAGAGGAAGUCUGACCAGCCUGUGAAUGUGACUGCAUUUACACUGAGACACUAGAAGAGAAGAGCAGGAUCGUUAAAGGAAUAAUGAGUAAACAUACCUCUACACCUAAAGAGGAACGCAUUUCCUGUGGAUGUUACGAAAAGGACUGGAUUUUAAUUUUGUUGUAUAAAUGUCUGUAGUUGUGUUCUUGGAUGGGAAUUGUGUGAAUGUACCAAACUUCAUAUGGUAAUUCAAGAUGAAGAGGAAAUUACAACAUGGAAGAAGAUGCCUUUUUGGACAAAAACUGAUAUUUUCAUAAAUAAUGACAGUGAAAAUCAUUUUUAUCACAUUGUUAUAUGUGAUGGUCAAAAUGGUUACAAAACAGUUUGUGAAGCGUACUUUAACAAACUUGUUUUAUUUCACACUUUCAAUGUCGACAUAGUUAGUCAAGGCUUCAUGUGACAAAUUGAGAGGUAAUGACAUUGUCAGAGAAUAACUGCUUAAGAAAUCACUGCAAUCUUCACAACACAAGCCAUCAUAAAAGCCACCAACAGUCAUACUUUUAAGUUUUCAUGAAUUUGUUGAUUCGACAAUAUAGGAAAUGGGCUUUUUUCAGGCACUACUAUAAAUCACAGUGCAGAAAGAGUAAAAUUCCGAACAAACGUGAAUGUUUUCAGGUAAACAAAUUUAACAUUACAAUAUAUAUACAAAAUAAGCAAAAUAUAGGUUAAAUAUAUUAAUAAAUAUAGAGAUUUCAAUGUAUAGCUUAAAAUUCACAGACUUGAUAGUAAAUAUAGGAAAGAACAAGAGUUACUCAGUUUUUAAUAGCAUCUACUCUUUACCUCCUUCCCUAUCCUCCUGCUGGUGUGUCUUCUUCCACCUCCUAUACAUACUCCUUCAAUGGUACACUAUUAGAUGUGAUAAGUUUUGGAGGAUCUGGUGCUGAAGCGGGUGAAUUAGCAAAGCUCCGGCCUAUGUAGCCCCUGCGGUACCUGCCCUCCCUCUCCAUGAGGGGGCAGGUACUGCUCAACACAGCUCCACUGAUCAUAAGAAUAACUGCAGAUGCCCAUCCCAGAUAAAUAGCCUGACCCAGCUCUCUUUUAUGCAUUAUGGGCACUUUGGGGUUGUAGAAAUCCUGGACGACGGUGUUAGCAGUCCAGGAAAUGGGAAUCAGCACACACAGGCCGGUCAGAAUGAAGAGAACGCCGCCUGAGAGCGCGAUACCCGCCUUGGCCCGACGGUCGUCCCCAGCGCAGGUGGUGCACUUCAUGCCGCAGCAGGACACGGUGCAGGAGAGCCAGCCCAUGAAGAUGGCCAGACACAUGAGGGCGCGGGCCGCCUGGAUGUCCGGAGGCAAGGCCAGCAUGGAGUCGUAUGUCUUACACUGCAUGUGCCCAGUGGUCUGGUAGAUGCAGUUCAUCCAGAUGCCUUCCCACUUGAUCUCUGAGGUCAGGAUGUUGUUGCCGAUGAAGGCCGUGACCUUCCACUGAGGCAAGGCCGUGACGGCGAUCGCCAUGAUCCAGCCAGUCACUGCACAGGUGAAGCUGAUCAGCUGCAUGCCAGUGUUCACCAUGAUGAGCUCCUUUGUGUGGUUCCUCUUUGUUUACUACAGUUGCGUUUUUUGGGGAGGUCUUAUUUUAUUGGUUAUGCUUCUUUUUGAUCUUCAGAGUCUACUUUUUUGGCUCACUUAUUAUCCUUCCUGUCCGGCUUAACCAAGCUUCCUACGGACUUUGACCCAGUGUCACUUUGUCAGCAGUCAUAUUUCUUUUCCUCUUCAACAUCUGCUCAGUUUUCACUUACACGUGUCCUCAAUAAGUGUGUUAUCCAGAUGUAACUGCUUUCUCUAAACAGUCAUCCACCUUACCAAAGGAUCAGAGGUCCACUCACUUUCUCCUCCUUUUCAUUCCUGAGCUUGAGUCAAUUUAUUAUUGAGCAGCCGAUAGCAGUGCAGUCACCUGUGGCAUCCCGCAGAAGCCAGAUCGAUCAGGCUUCACGGUCCAGGCCUUUGUGGAUGAAAUGGAUCUCAGCCAGGCUUUUUAUGUUUCUUGUGGAAGUGGUUCCUUGGCUUCAGCUCUGGUUCAAACUCAGCGACCCAAUUGUUGAGCUGCAAUGUAUUUCAGUGUCACACUCCUGGUUUGGUGUAGCCUUACCUAAAUGGAUCAGACUGAUACAACCUGAUACUUGGAUUCAGUGCCACUGAUGCUGCCACGAGUGUAUCCUGUCACAGCAAGGGUGAAAUAGUGAUGCUUGAUUACUCAGAAAGAAACAAAAAGCAGCGUAGCUUUUUACCUCUUAGUCAAGGAAAAUCCAAUGUUUAGUCCUCACAGAAUAAAUGAAACAAACAUCCUGUAGGAGAUGAACCAUAAGCUGUUAUUCCAGUCCCUUAGUUGAGCAGUUGUUUUCUAAAAAUCCACAUCAAACUUCGCAGGAGAAAGGCGUAAGGAGUAUCUAAAUUUGAAAAAAGCACAGCUUUCCAGAUGAAAACAGCCAGCAGAACUCCUCAUCAGACACUGCUGCUGUUGCAAGCUGAAGUGUCUCCUUGUUGACAAUAAACGGCGCUGAGGUCCAAAGCCUUGAUGAGGCCACUUCAGACUUCAGCUGCUGCUCGGCUUCACCCUGCCCCCAACCACUUCCAUUAGUAGCAACACAGCCCAAAUGGGUCAGUUUGGUUCCGAGAAGGGCAUAAAUAACAAAUCAGGGCUGCGUAGUCAGUGUGGGUAAACAGCAUCAAUUUACUCCCUCCUAUCUUCACUACCGCUGCUGACAGUCAAACCUGCGAGAGCAACACUGAACCCCAGGAAGAAAAAAGCCCAGCGAUGCAGGAGGGAGGGGGGGCAAAAGAGGGGAGACAACAAAAGGAGGGAGGGAUGGAUAGCUGUGGAUGGAGUGCUGUCCGUAGGUGGAUCAGUUAACACAAAGACAACAUGGGGGGCCCCCACAAUGAGGAUUACACACUUUGUAUUGGUUCAUACCACACAAACAUCAUAUUUUAAAGGAGCUUUCACAAAAAUUAGCUUUCACUUGCCCUUUUUGUCUGCAAUGAAAGGGAGAACCUGCUUUGCAAAGGGGGGCAUUGUUUUUUUUUUUUCUUUUCCUCUGUAAGAACAACUGUGGUUGAAAUGCUGAAAAGCCACAGGAGAAAUACACAGGUGACAGGUAAAAAUAAAUAAAACUAAAGUCACAUAUAUUGUAUGACUGAAAGCGGUGUCAUCCGAACAAAGGAAAUCACAAAACCCAGACACUUUAACAUUCAUUUUUUUUACCUUAAUUGUUUCAAUAAAUUUCAAUAUAAUUUGACAGUGUGGCUUAAACAGUAACAGGCUAAAAUUGGUUGGUCUAUAUCAGGUGAUUUAUUAUGGUUAUUGUCAAACUGUUAAGUAAACAGUUAGAGGAGAGAAAAAAAUAGAACCUGGAUGUCACAGAAGGAUCUGACAGCACCCCUUUGUCUUCAUAAUCAGAAAUCUCGCUUCUACCCAAUACUGCUCACUCUGCAUCUGCAUUACAUUGAACCUCGGUGUGCUAUUGUGCCGAUGAAUUAAAUAUCAUGGCAUCAA